AUGAAAGAUGGGGCAGACACGGAUCAGACUGUCGCCAACAAGGACAUCCUGGAGUCCAACCCGACCUCGCAGCACACAGCGCUAGAAACCGAUGCACCUUCUAAAUCAUCCUCCACCGCCCACUCCUGGCUCAAUGGCCUGCGCAGACCAAAAUCAGCACCGGGACCGCGUUGGCCAGCUUUCAGGACGCGCUCACACCUCUCCGAGGACGAAGCGAAAAGAGACUCAGGCCUCGCAACCUCGAUAUCAACAUUGGGCAGGGAGUCUGUUGCGGAGAGCGUAUACGACGGGUCUGUCGUAAGCAAGGUCCCUAGCCUACCGACCGUCACCGUCAACAACGAAACACUGCCGCAGGCAUCCAAAGCAGCAGACGCGCACGAGCGAGAAGCAUUCACCCCACAAUCGCUGCCGGAAGACUCCAUACGCCAAGAUCAGACUGGGUCGUUUCAUAGAAUAAGCACUCCUAUACCGACAGGGAGCUUCGAUGAUCUAUCCUCGCCGGACAAUAUAGAGUUCUCGCAUAGGGGCAGUAUGCUGUGGGGGGGCAAGAAGGCAGCUGCGGCUGUCGGCGCGAAGAACGGGCACGAUCAGAGUCCCGAAAAAGCUGCGGAAACAUCCUCGCCAGUUGUGGGGAAGGUGGGUAGUCAGCGGGGGCGUAUACUCUCUACUCGAGUAUUGUCACCAGACGAGAAGAUGCUGUCUAAGAAGGUGCGCUCGAUGUACGAACAUGGAGAUGAAAAAGCAGGCGAGGGAGUCAGCCAACUGGGUUCCCCAGCGCUCGAAAUUUCAGAACCACCCCUACUUGGCAACGAGAGCAUCUCCCCGUCGCCGACGCCUGAUGCUUCAAGUCUACCCGCGCAACGACUCCGUCCAACUGAAUCACCAGGCUCAAAGGGUUCCAGGACCGUGGACAACCGGCGAAUCAGUCAGAUCAUCAAAGAGCCGCACGAGACAGCAGGAGGCAUUGAAGACUGGGCAGACGUAGAAGGCGGAGACGUCGACCGCUACGGAUUCAUCGUGCCCAAGAAGGUCUCUUCACGUGAUUCAUCAAGCAAGUCGUUCGCCGCACACGAAAGACCAGGUCUCGCACGGACAUCGACAGCACUCCAACUGGCGUCUGACACUCCUCGACGGAAACGAACUCUCCGACGGACCCCUUCCAACCCCAAAUCUGCACGAUCUACUAAGACGAACCCUCCGCCGAGGCGGAAGUCCUCACACCGUUCGCUUGACCAAACCGGCUCGGUGUACUCUAAUCUAAGCAACACCUCACGUAGCCGGCGUUCGCUUCGCCACGCUGCAAACCGCCUACCUCACAACAAAGACAGAAGAUGGAUGGACGAAGCCAGCGACAUGCUCACACUUCCCCCUGGUCUAGCCGACAUCGCCGAGCAAGAGGAUGGCGGAAGAGCCGCCAUGGCAAUGAAGAAGAAAGAGUGGGAGCGCGAGGAGAAAUGGAGAAAGAUGGGCAAGCUCAAGCCGAAGAGCGGAAGAGGCGGAGGCAUGAUCUUCGACUUCGACACCAAAGACCCAAAAGUGAUAUCGCGGGCAUGGAAAGGCAUUCCAGACCGCUGGAGAUCCAUGGCCUGGCAUUCAUUCCUGUCGGCAAGCGCCAGAGAAGCCAAGGGCAGUCCGUCUGAGGAAGAGCUUGUGCAGGCCUUCUACGAGCUCCAAGAGGUGGAUUCAGCAGAUGACGUGCAAAUUGAUGUCGAUGUCCCGAGGACGAUCAGCAGCCACAUCAUGUUCAGGCGGCGGUAUCGCGGAGGCCAGCGGCUUUUAUUCCGCGUGCUGCACGCGAUGUCCUUGUAUCUGCCCGAUACGGGCUAUGUUCAGGGCAUGGCUACGCUGGCUGCAACGCUUCUGUGCUAUUUCGACGAGGAGACGGCGUUCGUGAUGCUGGUCCGCCUCUGGCAGCUUCGCGGUCUAGAACGCCUUUACCAAUCCGGCUUCGAUGGACUGAUGGAGGCGCUGAACGACUUCGAAAAGAAUUGGCUUGCCGGGGGAGACGUCGCGCAGAAAUUGGACGAAUUGGGUAUCACAUCGACAGCGUACGGCACGCGCUGGUACCUGACCCUUUUCAACUACUCCAUCCCCUUCCCAGCGCAGCUCCGCGUCUGGGACGUCUUCAUGCUUCUAGGCGACGCCUCGAACGCAAGCCCCGGCUCUCCGCCGUCGUUCGGCGCCGAUCUAGACGUGCUGCACGCGACCUCGGCCGCUUUGAUUGAUGCCACGCGAGAGAUCCUGCUGGAUUCGGACUUUGAGAACGCCAUGAAGGUGCUGACCUCGUGGAUCCCGGUCAAAGAUGAAGAUCUGCUGAUGAAGGUGGCGAAAGCGGAGUGGAAGCAGCGGAAGAGGAGGGCUAGGGCUGCGACGUAG